AUGCCAGAUGGUGAUCGAAUUCAACGAACAUGGCUUAGUUUUUCUGUGAGUAAUGGUCGAAUAUAUUGUCUAUAUUGUAUGUUUUUUGGAAAGAAUGUUCAAAAGUCUUGGACCAUUGAUGGAUUUCAUGUAUGGCAGAGAAUAAAGGAUAUUAGUUCACAUGAAAAAACAGAAGCACAUAUAAAUGCUUCUAUUGUUGUUAAGUUAAAAUUGUCAGCAAUAGCAGUUCUUCCACAAAUUUAUGAACAUAAGAGGAAACAAAUAACUGAAAACAGAGAAAUUGUUAAUACUUUAAUUGAAAUAACAUUGUUUCUCGGUAAACAUUCACUACCAUUUCGAGGACAUCGUGAAAAUUGGGAAGAUAGAAUCAGAGGAAAUUUUAAAGAUCUUACUUUACUUAUUAGUAAAUUUUCACCAUCCUUGGCCAUUUAUGUAGAUCGUCUGAAGUCCAGAGGUAGAAGUGAAAUUAAUUUUCUUUCUUGGCAGAGGCAAAAUCAAUUUAUACAUUCUAUUGCCACAUAUUUAAGGACUAGUAUACAGGAUGAAAUUAAAAAAGCUAAGUUUUUUAGUGUAUCAAUUGAUACAACAUUUGAUGUGUCAAGGCGUGAACAACUUGCAUUUAUAAUACGCUAUUUAUGUUAUAAUGACCAUGUACCAGUUAUACGUGAAAGACUUCUAUCACUUAAAGAAUCAUCAUCAACCACUGGAAAACACCUUUUUUCUGUAUUUAAAGACAUUUGUAGCGAAAAUAAAUUAGAUUGGAAAUUGUUCCUUGUAGGACAAAGUUAUGAUGGAGCUAGUAAUAUGAAAGGCGAAUAUGAAGGAUUACAAGCAUUAAUCAAACAAGAAAAUCCAUCGGCUAUUUAUACUUGGUGUUAUGCCCACCGCCUGAAUCUGGUUGUAGUUCAAGUUUGUAAAAGUUCUGUAGACGCAGUUGAUAUAUUUGGUAUUUUAGAAGAUUUGUAUAGUUUUAUUACAAGCACUUUAACAUUCACAAAAAUUUUUAAUAUCCUUGAUCCAAUUACAAAAACAUUUCAAUCUCCUGACAUUGAUUUAUUGGGUGCUGUAACUAGUAUACAGGUAGCAAUGGAAGACUUAAAAAAUCUACGUUGUGAUGAUGAGUUAAAUAAACUUAAUAAUGAAGCUACAAACUUAAUUUCGAAAAGUCAAUAUGAAUUUACUAUGUUGGCGACGAACCGAAGUAGAAGAAAGAAAAAAGAAUGCCCGGAGAAAAUGCGUUUGACGAAACUAUUGAUGAUCCAGUGA